GCCCCAGGCACAGCCCACACCCAGCUGCCAUGUUACGCCGUCUGCCACCCAGGCUGCCAGUCAGGAUGUGGAGCAGGACAUCAGAGAGUCAGUCAUGGAGGACCAGCAAUGAGACGCCUCCGCCAUGCCUUAUCCACAGACUGGACCACAUUGUGAUGACAGUAAGGAACAUCGAGGACACUGCCAUGUUCUACUCCAAGACCCUGGGCAUGGGGGUCACUACCUUCAAGGGAGACCGGAAAGCAUUGUGCUUUGGUGACCAAAAGAUUAACCUACACGAGGCGGGAAAGGAGUUUGAACCCAAGGCAGCUCACCCUGUUCCGGGCUCCCUGGACAUCUGUCUAAUCACAGAAACACCUUUGCAGGAGGUGGUCCAGCAUCUCAAGGCUUGUGACGUACCCAUUGAGGAGGGUCCGGUCCCCAGAACUGGAGCAAAAGGACCUAUCAUGUCCAUCUACUUCCGGGAUCCUGACAGAAAUCUGAUUGAAGUAUCCAACUACAUUGCCUCCUGAUUGACACUGACUCUCUUCCGUUCCGUACCCUAUAACGGCAUCAUCUCCUUUCCUUCUGCAUUCCUUUACCGAGUCACAGAGACCUUGCAACACUAAGAAGUUUGGCUCUUCACACAUCCUGUAAAAGGGACCUGUGGUGUUUUGAAUGUGAAAUGUUCCCCAUGCCCUCAUGUGUUUGUGUUUUUAAACCUCAGACUCAAUCUCCAGCUGGUGGCAAUGUGGGAGAUGGUCUUGCCCAACCCCCCUUGCCAAAGCUGGCUCACUUUAGCUAAUACAUCUCAGAAGCUGGGGCAAAAUAUGAUGCCUAAACAGUUCUCUGCCAUGCCAUGAUGAAUCUUCCCGUCAAGACUGU